CACAUAUUCACACAUAAUUACAAUUGUUUGAGUGAACACAGUGUCGUAGAUACGGGGGUUGCUUUAAGCUUAUUGUCCCAUACAAACUUUGAGGUUAGGUUUUUGUAACAUUUGAUGCAAUUUAUCGAUUAAACAGUUCGGCUACCAUUAAAAAGGUGUACCUUGUAUAACAAAUAUUUCAUUAUAAUGGAACAGCCCUGUAUCCAAAUAAUUUAAAUUUAAACGAACUGAUUAGGUUAGUAGGUAGGUACCUACCUAUAUAGGUAGUUGAUGUUCAUAAAAUAUUUUUUGUUUCUAAAAAAAAAUGAAAUAAAAACCAGUAAACUUGCGCGCAUUCUCAACCACGUUGUAAAUUCUAAAAUAAUGGUUAAAAUUCCAUAUCCAUCAUACAAAAAGACUUGCAGCUCGGCUAUCAAAAUGUCGAAUUCAGUGGAAAUUGAGAACGAAAAGAAUGACCAGAAAAGUGAUAUAAACGAAAUAGAACAAAUGGAUUAUUCGAUUAAACACCCGUUGCAAAACUGUUGGACACUUUGGUACUAUGAAAACGAUAGAACCCAGACAUGGGAAAAAAACCAAAAAGAAAUUGUAUCCUUUCAAACCGUAGAAGACUUUUGGAGUUUAUACAACCAUGUUAAACCCGCAAGCGAACUCCGGCAGGGUACCGAUUAUUCCCUUUUUAAACAAGGGAUAAAGCCCAUGUGGGAAGAUGGUGCUAACAAAAGAGGUGGAAGAUGGCUAAUCAGUUUAGACAAGAAACAAAGAAACAAUGAACUUGAUAGAUAUUGGUUAGACAUUAUUUUGUGCUUGAUUGGUGAAGCAUUUGAACACUCUGAUGAAGUAUGCGGAGCUGUAGUUAAUAUUAGGCAGAAAGGAGAUAAAAUUGGUGUGUGGACAUCAGAUGCAUCAAACAGCGCUGCAGUAGUUGAGAUUGGAAAGAAGUUAAAGGAAAGAUUGAAUAUUCCACCCCGAACUACAUUAGGAUAUGAAAUUCACAAAGAUACAAUAGACAAGACUGGAUCUGUCUCAAAAUAUUCCUACACUGUUUAAAGGGCCAUUGUCCAAAUUUAGCUCAGAUUUUCUAUCGUUUUUUUCAUUAUAAUGUAACUGUAUCUAUUGUAUUUUGUAACUUCCCUAGUAUUGGUAUUUGAGUUUGAAUGAUUUAUUACACUAGUUUUGGAAAUUAUUUAUUGUUUCUUUUUUUUUUGAAGAAUGUAUGUUUUAUUCUGACCUUUUGUUAUUACAGUGAGAUAUAUUGAUGCAAUGAAUAUAUUUUAUAACCUUAACAGAUUUUAAUUACACUGUAUUUAUAA